GCUACCGAUUAUCGUGCUCUGUCGAGUGUCGUUGUGACGAGUUGUGUUUUAUAGUAUUUCUAAUUUUUAAAACCUUUCAAAACAGUAAUAAAGGUAAUGGAAACAUAAUUUGAUUAAAAUGCAGUCCGUAGUGGCUUAUGUUCGAAGUUUACUUGGUUGGUGCGAAGAUGAUCCUGCGAUCAGAACAAGCUUCAAAAGAGACAGGACCGACGACGAUUUCAGUUCUGGCAAUGAUACACCUACUCUGAAACGACUAAAAACAAUGAGAAAAACAUCUUUUCCUGACAUUAUGGACUCUAAAGACAUGUGGGAGGAAAGAAAGCAAAACAAUAAUGUUAGAUAUGUUCCGAUACGGUUAGAAACUGUACAUCCUAGCACUUCCACGCCGAAAGAAAGUACACCAAAUAAAGGUAGUCGAGUUAGAGCAGUUCCAAUCAAAUUGGUAGAUGUAUCAAGUAAUGGACCAACAACUUCACAGAGGAAACCCGGCAUGCAAACACAAGCUAGACCUGUCUUACGAGCAAUUAUUAAGGAUGAUGAUGAUGAUGAUGAAAAUGAUCAAGAGGUAACAUGGAUAGAAACAAAACCAAAAAAUAAAACACCUAAUGUAUACAUAAAUUUAGACGAUGAUGAUGAAAAUAAUGAUCAACAAGAAGAUGAUGUUAUAUUUGUUAAGAGAGUGACAACACCUCCCUCUGUUAAUACAUAUAAGUACUUUGUCACCAAGGCUGAUCAGGCAGAACCUAAAGAACAAGAAGUAAAGUUUUACAAAUUGUGUAAUAAACCAAAUGAUAGAAAUUCAAAUAAUUCUCCUAGAACAAAUAAUAAAUUUAAAACUCCGGGAGGAGUCACUAAAAUAUAUAAAAAAGUACCUGUCCAAGUGCCCCGGUGGAUGCAAUCCCAAAAGACGAAUCUCUCCCAACCAAAAAAUAGAUUUUCAAAUUUAAAUGGUAACUCAAGAUCAACUUUAUCAGAAGUUUUUAAUUUAGAUGAAAAGAGAAAUUAUCAAGAGUUAAUUAGGAAAUUCUCUGACACUACAACACCUGUUUCAAUUAGGAAGCCCAGAGAUGUUAUUGAAAUCGCUGAAGAUGCUGCGUCACUUCGAGAAACACAAAGGUUUCAAAAGAGUUCACUAAAUGAGAUAAAAUUUAUGGAAAAGAAUCUUAAUAUGGAUAAGGGAAAAGAUGUUGGAAAUGAAUACGACCCGAUCACUGUAGCAUCAAUUAACUCUUCUGAUUCAGAAAUAGAAAUAAUUCCAUCAGACUCUUCCACUUCUUCUUCAAUUAAGAUAGAUCCAAUAAAUACCUUACGGGACUCUUUAAGAGACAGUGCUGUCACAUCUCGGGAUUGGCUCACAAAAUUAGACUCUAAGUAUAAAAAGAAAAAACAGGAAACUCAGGCUAAGUUAAAAGAUGCACAUAGAGAGUCGGACAUAAUUUCAAAAGUUAAUUAUGAACAGAAAUUAGCACAAUUAGAGCAUAAAUUGAAAUAUGAAUUAAGUAUACCAGAAAGUCUUAUAGAGGAAGUACCACCCACUGUAGAAUUGCCUCCUCUAACUCCAGAACAAGAGAAAUUAAUUAAAAGAGCUCUAGGUCCUGGCCCACCUGGACAGCUGUUAGUGGAGAAAUUUAAUUUACGGAUACAUAGGCGUGAUCUACAAACAUUAUCAGGAUUAAACUGGUUAAAUGAUGAAAUUAUAAACUUCUAUAUGAACUUGCUUAUGCAAAGAAGUGAGGAACAGAAAGAUCUGCCGAAGGUGUAUGCCACAAACACAUUCUUCUAUCCUAAGCUUAUGCAAAGUGGACAAGCCGGACUACGCAGGUGGACAAGAAAGGUGGAUAUAUUCGCGCACGACUUAAUGGUGGUGCCCGUGCAUCUCGGCGUGCAUUGGUGCCUCAGUCUUGUUGACUUCCGGCGGAAGAAAAUAUCCUAUCUUGACAGCAUGGGCAGCUCCAAUCAGCCCUGUCUCCAAGCGUUGCUUCAGUACCUGCAUGAUGAGCAUAGAGAUAAAAAAGGACAACCAUUUGAUGAUAGCGGCUGGACCACGGAGAAUCUAAAGGACAUCCCGCAGCAGAUGAACGGCAGCGACUGCGGCAUGUUCGCGUGCACGUUCGCCGAGUUCAGCUGCCGCGACGCGCCCUACUCGUUCUCGCAGGCGCACAUGCCCUACCUGCGCCGCAAGGCCGCGCUCGAGGUGCUGCAGGCGCGGCUGCUGCUGUAGGCUCACUGAACCAUCCGCUUCCAACAGAGUACUUAAGUUGUAGCUGUCCUGUUGCCAAUCCUUAUGUUCUAAAGAAAUAAUGCGAUUGUCUCGAACUAUCAUUGCUGUAGUCAAAUACUAUGUAGGAGGCGUAUUCACAAGUAAUUAUAAUUUUAUACAUAAUCCUGCCUCUGUUAUUCUUAAAGACAUACCCUUAAAGAAAUUUCUUAUUUAUUUUUAAGUUGAUAUUAAGUCGUAUGAAUGAGAGCAUUGCUCGAGUGAUGUGGUUGUUUUAAAAUAUUUUGUUAAUAAAAUUACUGACUGAUUUGACUUAAUAUUGAGCAUAAGCAUUCUUUCAUACAGAUGUAACAAAAUGAGUUUCUUUAAUUGUAAAUGUUACAUGGAUAUAAUCCUUAUAAUUUUUUAUGAUGCAAUAGUACUUGACGGAAUGCAUUAAACGAUGAUAUAAUUUCAUGGUAUAAAAAUAUAUAAUGUAAUUAUCAACUAACUGGAUUUCUUAUUUAAAAAAUAAAGUUUUAGGUAUUUUUUGCCUAAAUACUCAUAAAAACAACGAAACCCAUAACAACGCGUAACUCUUCUGCCAUCGACUGUACGGUAUUGAGCGGCGGAAUAUUCUACUUCAGAUUGGCAUUGACAUAUGAUUUUGUACACAAAAUCAGUGUGAUAGAAGCCUAUAUCGAUGUCUCUAUCGAUUUAAACAAACCACAUCACUACCGGUGCGGGAUCUGAGUGUAUACCUAACUAUUCCAAUCAGACUUGUUUCUGCUGUAUUAAAACAUGAACAACAAUUAUAUAAAAUUCAAGACUGAUUAGAAUGUUAGAAGGAUAUUUCUUAGCUAUAAAUGUAUAAUUUAGGUGUAUAUAAUUUUCUUUGUACGACAAUUGAAUU